AUGGUGAAGAAGUUCUGGCAACUUGAGGCCAGUGAAGUAGAAAUAGAACCACCCGUUCUAUCCGAGGAUGAUCUACGUGGAAAACGCAUCCUCGAAUCGUCAGUAAAACGUAUCGGUAACCAGUAUCAAGUCGGCCUAAUGUGGAAAGCCGACGAAUUUGCUCACAAGUACGAUGCAGUAGUCAAAGAGUACAUCGGGCUAAAACACGCCCGGCUCUUAACGACCCCAGAAGCCCGGACGGAGACAAACAAGACGUGGUACCUGCCACACCACGGGGUCGUGAGCCCUUCCAGCUCAUCGACCAAAGUUCGCGUUGUAUUUGAUGGAGCUGCUGAGUUUGGUGGCACAUCGAUAAACCAAAAUUUACUUCGGGGACCCAAUCUACUCGUUAACUUGCUUGGUGUACUCAUCCGCUUCCGCCGUAACCUUGUACCAGUCGGAGCGGACAUUGAAAAAAUGUUCCACCAAGUGAAAGUCCCGGAAGAAGACCAGGCAGCCUUCCGAUUUCUCUACCGGACGCCUGGCAGUAAUUCAGCCCCGUUAACGUACCAGAUGACGGUACACGUUUUUGGUGCAACAUCCUCCCCGACGAGCUGCAUCUUCGCCCUCAACAAGACGGCAGACGACUACAGCAGCCAGUUUCCAGACGUAGCCGAUAGCGUUCGACGUAAUUUCUACGUCGACAAUUAUCUCGACUCAUUCGACUCCGAAGACGAGGUCAUCAAACGGUCCCGCGAAUUGAAGUCCCUUCUCCAGUUAGGCGGCUUCAAUUUGACCAAAUGGACGUCGUCAUCGCGAAUGGUGAUAGCUGCGCUACGAGAGUUUGGCCUCGCCUCACCAACUCUGGAUCUGGAUUUGGAAAAACUUCCCGUCGAAAGAACUCUGGGACCGCCGCACAACGUGACACUCACGAAGCGAGCCUUCCUCAGCAUCAUCUCUAGCGUCUACGACCCGUUGGGGCUGGUGGCACCAGUUAUCUUCGUAAUGAAGUCCUUGCUCCAAGACAUUUGGACCAACGAAGAACGGAUCGGAUGGGAUGACGUCGUACCGGAAGCAUUGAGUCAACGUUUCUAUUGCUGGUACGAUCAUCUGGAAAAUUUGGAGUCGCUCUCAGUACCGAGGUGCUUCCGUUUCAAACGAGGACGAUGGACUCAACAGUGCCUCCACGUCUUCACGGAUGCAAGCUCCAAAGGAUUCGGAGCACUAGCCUACUUCCGCACUGUAUUUGAAGACCAUUCCGUCAACGUGUCAUUCGUCAUGUCGAAAACGCACGUCACACCGGUAAAAGGUCUCACGAUUCCCCGUUUGGAGUUGCAGGCGGCAGUAGAAGGCCUCAACAUUGCUCUCACGAUUUGUCGUGAACUAGAAAUUGAUUUGAGGCAAGUAACCUUCGACACAGACUCGCAAACAGUGCUGCGGUGGAUCCACUCGAAGACUUGCCGAUUUGAAGUCUUCGUCAACAACCGCAUCGGAAAGAUACUUCGAAACACGGCGCGUCGACAAUGGCGUCAUGUCGCCGGAGUUGUAAACCCUGCAGACCUUUGUAGUAGGGGAAUCGACCCAAAAGAGGUCGACGAAUUGGCUUAUUUUCAUCGAGGACCUUCAUUCCUGACCCUAGACCCCUCUGAGUGGUACUCUUGGGAAGAAAUCACGGAGCCUGAGGAACGAGACGUAAACGUGAUUCGCGUCUUGGCAGUAAAAAUGGAAGAUGAGAACCAUGCCAUCGACCAUUGUGUAGCACGUUUUUCCAGCCUGGUGAAGAUUCAACGGGUGUUAGCCUGGAGUAGAAGAUUUACCAACAACGCCAGAGCAAAACUUCGUGAUGAAAAACCCAUUGUCGGAGAGUUGACAGUAGAAGAAAUGGUGACAUCGCUGACAAAAUGCAUCGUACGAGCGCAGGAAUUGGUCUUUGCUGAGGAAGUUUACGCCCUUCGGAAGAAUCUGGAAUUACCACUCAGAUCAAAACUUCGCACCUUCCAGCCUUUCUUGGAUGAAGCUGGACAGAUGCGAAUUGGCGGACGUAUACUUCACGCGCCGAUCGACUAUGCAGCCAAGCACCCCAUACUCCUACCAGCAUCUCAACUCCUAACGAAAAGGAUAAUUUGGGAUUAUCACGUUAGAAACAUUCACGUCAAGACGGAGAGAUUGUUGACGGACCUCCGCUCUCGCUACUGGAUACUCUCUGGACGUAAAGUGGUAAAAUCUGUCCUCAACAACUGCUGGCCCUGCAAGCGCACGUCGGCAAAACCUAGCCCUCCUUUGAUGGCUUCACUACCAGUCCAUCGUUUGACACCACAUCUGGCGGCUUUCACGUACACAGGGAUCGAUUAUUUCGGACCCUUGACCGUCAGAGUUGGUGGUAGGGGAAGAAGACACGAAAAACGUUGGAUCAGCCUAUUUACGUGCUUCACCACACGAGGGGUUCACCUGGAAGUGGCCAACGGGCUUAGUAUGGAGGAGUUUUUACUCUGCUUCUCCCGUUUUGUUAGUCUACGUGGAAAACCCAAGGUCGUUUACAGCGACAACGGAACUAAUUUUGUUGCCGCCGAGCAGGAGUUACGGCAAGCGUUGGAAGAACUCAUCAGUAAACACGAAGAGCUCCAGACGUUAAUGGCAUGCCAACAGAUUGAGUGGCAUUUCUCUCCACCUCAUGGACCCCACUUCGGCGGUGUUUGGGAAAGGAUUGUACAAUCCUGCAAGCGGGCAAUGAAGACCAGUAUCGGGAACUGCCUAGUUACGGACCAAGUUUUACGAACCGUAAUCGCUGAGGUCGCAGCUUUGUUGAACGCCCGUCCGUUAACCCAUCUGAGCGUGGACCCAGAAGACCCGGACCCGUUAACGCCCAACCACUUUUUGUAUGGUGGAGCUAGACCCUAUUUUACUCUACAGCUGGCCGACGUGGAAGACAUUAACGUAACCAACAAGCAGUAUCGGCAAAGUCAAGCCAUACUCCAACACUUUUGGAACAGAUGGCUACGUGAAUACGUUCCCCACUUAACUGAGAGAAGAAAGUGGCAAGAAAAUAGGCCUAACGUCACCGUGGGAGAUUUAGUGUUAGCAGUUGAACCAAGUACUUUGCGUGGGCAGUGGCCGAUGGGCAAAGUGUUGGAAGUUAUCCCCAGUGUAACGGAUAAUGUGGUUCGAGUAGCAAAAGUCAAGCUCAGCAACCACCCAAAACCAUGUAUUCGGCCAGUGGCCAAAUUAUGUAUCAUGGUUGCAGCCAAAGAUCAAGAAGUUUACGCAAAGGAAGAAAAAAUGGAACCUUUAACAGCGUAA